AUGCUUCCGGCCUCAGUGGCUCAUCAGCUCAAAAGUGGCCUGAAUGUCGACGCUCGAGAAUACGAGUCAGCUACAGUGAUGUUUUCUGACGUGCCUUCUUUUCAACAAAUUGUACCCAUGUGCCAACCUAAGGACGUUGUCCACCUGUUGAAUAACCUGUUCACACGAUUUGAUCGUUUAGUUGUGCUACAAAAAGCUUACAAAGUAGAAACUGUAGGAGACAGCUACAUGUCGGUUAGUGGAAUACCCGAUGCCGCCGAAGAUCACUGUGAAGUCAUCUGCCAUUUGGCACUUGACGAGAACGUGAACAGCAUAGACGGCUACCAGGAGUUGAGAGAUGGAUUUGUCUACGAGAAAGUGGACAGAAAACCAGCAAAAUAUACUCAUGCAUGCACUAUUUCAUAA